UCUCUUCAAACUUCCUCAGCCACUUCCAAGACAAUUAACUUAACACCUUCCCAACCCUUCAACCCAAAAAACAAACAGCCAUGAACUGCAUCUGGCCCGAACCCGUGGUCCGAGUCCAAUCCUUAUCCGAGAGCGGGAUCUGGAAGAUACCAGACCGCUACGUCAAGCCACCCUCCCACCGCCCAUCCCUCAACCACAACGCGGUGGUCAGCAACAUCCCGGUGAUCGACCUGGCGGAGGCCUUCUCCCACGACGCAGCCGUGCGGUCGGAGACGAUGCUGCGGCUGUCGUCGGCCUGCAAGGACUGGGGGUUCUUCCAGGUGGUCAACCACGGUGUCGACGUGGAGCUGAUGCGGAACAUCCGGGAGAUCUGGCGGGAGUUCUUCGACCUCCCCCUCGACUCCAAGCAGCAGUAUGCAAACGACCCCGUUUCCUACGAAGGCUACGGCAGCCGCCUCGGUGUCGAGAAAGGCGCCACCCUCGACUGGAGCGACUACUUCUUCCUCCACUACCUCCCGGCCAAGCUCCGGAACCCCGGCAAGUGGCCCCAGUUCCCGGAAACCUGCAGGGACUUGGUGGGUGAAUACGGGAAGGAAGUGAGCAAGCUGGGAGGGAAACUGAUGAAGAUAUUCUCCAGCAACCUCGGCCUCCAAGAGGACGGCCUCCAGGACGCGUUUGGAGGGGAGGACUUCGGCGGGUGCCUGAGGGUCAAUUUCUACCCGAAAUGCCCUCAGCCGGACCUCACCUUGGGGCUUUCUUCCCACUCCGACCCCGGCGGCAUGACCAUUCUCUUGCCCGACGAGAACGUCGCCGGCCUUCAGGUCCGGAAAGCCGGCAACUGGGUCACCGUCAAGCCCGUCCCCAGUGCCUUCAUCAUCAACAUCGGGGACCAGAUUCAGGUGUUGAGUAAUGCGAUAUACAAGAGCGUGGAGCACAGAGUGAUAGUGAACUCGGCCAAGGACAGGGUGUCCCUGGCCUUCUUCUACAACCCUAGGGGUGACCUCCUGAUUGGGCCAUCGAAGGAGCUAGUGAAGCCUGACCAGCCAGCUCUAUACCCUUCCAUGACAUUCAAUGAAUACAGGCUCUUCAUUAGGACCAAGGGCCCUUGUGGCAAGGCUCAAGUUGAAUCCAUCAAGUCAUCAUCCAUUUCUAGGCGGAAUUAGUCGUUAAGAUUAUUCAUUACUAUCAUGUAAACUUAAUUAAUUUCUCCAAUAUUUAUGUACAACUCAUCUCUCUCUCUCUCUCUCUCUCUCUCUCUCUCUCUCUCUCUCUAGGAAUAAGCAUACAAAUGUUGUAUACCCUAGCUAGCUUGAACGGGCGUCCCAUGCUUGUGAUGGUUUGAACCGAGUGAAUUAUUAGGAUCUAGGUUGAUUUAGGCAUGCAAUAUUAUGUAAUUUUCUGGAGCUAGCAAUAUAUAUAUAUUAUACUUCCUUCUAGGGCGCAAAACUGUAGAAUGAUUGAUGAUAUGAUAUGAGAAGUAGCUAGCUCGCUAGCAGCUGCUCCCCGAUAGCUGUGGUAGGAAGGAAGGAAGGAAGGAAGAGGAUUCAAUGCCAAUGGUGCAUGCUACAGCGUCUGUGUGCCUAUUGAAGAAAGCAGAAUAUAAUAUGCAUAUUUAU